AUGCAGCGGCCACUGUCACUAGUGGCCAAAGUCUGUGGGGCCGUGGCCCUCGGCUUCCUCGCCUAUCGCGGAGUGCAGCUCUACUUCAAGAAUGACAUUACCAUCUACAUCACCGAGGUGGUUCACCUGCCCCCCGCGGCAGUGCAGCACGACCGGAAACCGUCACCGCGGAGCAACGCGAACCUUAGCCUCACCAUCGAGGGCACCGUGGAGAUGGAGACGUGUGUCAUGAAUAGCUACCGCUUUCUGCUCAAAUUGGCCGGUCACGUGCGCAGCUCCUUGUUCAACGCCGAGCGCGUCCCGACGAGCCCGCGCAGCUCGCGGCAUCGCGUGCUCUCUCUGCAGGCAAGCAGUGCACCAGCAGACGACAUCUUUUUUACGCACCUUAGCAGCAACUACGGCCUGUCAAGCUCCUCCAACAACCACGGCAGCGGUGGCAGUCAGCGGCACGGGCCGUCGCUCGUCAUCACAGCCGUGGACCCCAUCGUUGAUGCGUACGAGGCAGAUGCCACCGGUGCGCUCGCCUUCACGCCGGCGUGCGUCGGGGACGGUGUGUUGUGCCGAUUUACGUGUGUCGCCUCCAUCAGCACGGUCGAGGGCGCCGGCAGCACGCCAGUGCGCUCCAGAACCGUCCCUUCCUCGCUGUCACCGCUGCCGUCUGGCGACGCUGGUCUCGGAAACAUCGUCGUGCGGCGUUGCAUUUUCGAGUCGGAUGGCGAAACGGCCUACUGCCAACGGCUGACAAUGGAACUGGAGUUCGUUCGCCCCGUCUUUGGCGCGCGAGUGCUCAUCCGACUGCCGAGCCGCCACUGUCGUCUUCACCACAGCCACACCGGCGGCGUUGGCAGCGUCACUCAGCUGCUCCACCAGCCACGCAAGUGCGUGUGGGACAUCGGCGCAGUGUCCGAGGAGAUGUGCACCCUGUCCAGCGACGGCACUGCCACUUCGGGGACAUUGGAAGGAGUCUCGGACGAUGACUUGAUGCCCGGCGCCGUCAUCCCGGCCGCGCCCUGGUCGUGUGCGGCGAAGUCGCUCGCAACGUUAGAACUCGUCUUCGAGCGGGCCCCACCGGCGCUCUCAUUUGGUGAGGACGACGAGGAGGCGAAGGCAACAGACAGCGACGACGACAAUGAUAAUCUGUUUAGCAGCGCCGGCGGCGGUCUCUCACACACUCGGCGUCGCCAGUCGGCCAGUAGCAGGAGCAGCAGCAGCGCUAGAAGGGCACUGACGGCGGCGGCUAGCACGACAGGUCGUGCUUCAAAGCGCGAGGAACGGGGGCGCAAGGCGAGCGAGAAAGCCGCCCGUAUCAGAGAGGGCGGGAGCAGCACAAGUAUGCGGGGAGCCGGCGGCGACGGUGUUCCGACAGUCGAGCUUGUGUUUAGCGUGAAUCAGCUGCUCUCCGGCACAUCCGUGAAGAAGCUCCAGGUUGUCGAGGAGCGGCCCAACUGGAAACCUCGCAGCCGGCUCGAUCGCCUCCUCUUGCGUCGUGUAGUUCCGGGGCUGGAGAAGUUGAAGCUGAAGAAGUACGCGCACUACACGACGUGGUUUGUGCAACCUGUAGCGGUAUCACACCUGUAG